AUGCGACGAGCUCGAUCUUCCCCCACGGCCUCGCCGUACCGCGCGCUGGCGCACCAUCAAGCCCAGUAUGGCUCGUCCCAGGGGCAGCAGGCGCGUGACUCCGUGUCAUCGGUCCUGCGAUCCUUCGAUGUCGAGACAAAUCCGGCGCGGCCAAUGCGGCCUUCGCCGCUGACGGCUUCAACCAUCCCGGACAUGCCCCUCGACCUGGUCGACCGCAUCAGGUCAUUCCCGCUCUUCAUGUCCGCGCCCGACGACUUCCUCGCUGCCAUCGGAGCUCAUCUACGCCCACAGACCCAUAACGCGCACGACCAUAUCCUUACCGAGGGAGAUGACGCCAAGGCGAUGUACUGGCUGGUUCGCGGUGUUGUUGCCGUCACUUCGCGUGAUGGCGAGGCUGUCUACGCCGAGCUCAAACCCGGAGCUUUCUUUGGCGAGAUCGGCGUGCUCAUGGACAUGCCGAGAACGGCGACCAUCAUUGCGAGGACCAAGUGCCUCCUGGUCGUGCUGAAGAAAGAGGAUUUGCGGGCCGAACUCCCCAAGUUUCCCGAAAUGGAACAAGCGAUCCGCCAGGAAGCGCAGGAGCGGCUGGCCAUUCUCAAGAAGAAGCGGCAAGAGGGGGGCAAAGACGCCAAGCUUCCAGAGACCAGCGCCGCGGGCGUCGCGCGCGAGGCCGUGCCGGGGGAGGUCAGUAUGGGGGAUAGUGGGAUAAUCAGGGAGGGAGCAGUGGUGAACAACAAGAAGCGCAAGUCUCCCAGCCCCGGAGUCGUCGAGGACCCGACCAUCAGCGGCAGCGCCCUCGGCAGUGCCUACGUAAACGUGCGCAAGACGCUCAAGGAGCUUCCCUUGUUUGCCACGCUACCGGCAGACAUUCUGCAUUUCCUUGGCCUAAACGCCCAGCCCAGGACUUACCCACCCUUUACCGACAUUGUCCGCCAGGGCACUCCCGGCAACGACAUCUACUUCAUCGUCCGCGGCGAGGCGGAAGUGAUACAGGACCCUGCGAGUCCCACCCUCAGACGAACGUCCAAGGCGACGUAUUCGCGCCCAAGGUUAAAGCAAGGCCAAUAUUUUGGAGAGGUGGCGAGUCUUGGUCUGUCGCAGUGGAGGACCGCGACAGUACGCGCCGUGUCAGAUGUCGAGUGCCUCAUGAUUCCCGGUGAUGUGCUGGACGAGUUGUGGAGGCGGUGUCCGCCAGAAGUGAAGUGUCAGGUCGAAGAGACCGCGAGGCAGCGUUUCCACCCGGAGGACGUCGAGAUGGAGGAUGCGGAAACAAAAGAGAGACCAACGCGGGAGGAGAAGGCGGGCCCGGCCGUCACCUUCGAUCUCCCUUCCAAACCAGUGUCACCGCCCAACGAGGAGGAGGAUACGCGCCGGCCGUCGGAUCCCGACCCCUUCCUGAGCGUCGACAUGGAGAAUUUCCGCAAUAGGAGGCGCAACUCGCUCGCGCCGCCGACCCCACAGACGGACUGCAGCGUUAUCGUGGGCGGGAUCAAGGUACCACCGGUCGCACCCGCUCCGCCGCUCCUGUCGCCCAUAUCUCUUGACGACUCGCCCUUUCCCAAGCGCGCGCGUACCCUUCCCAUCGGUACCAAGGCCAAGGAGAAGGCGACGUUCCCGGAUAGCGUUUGGAUUGGCGUCUUCGAGCACCUCGACCUUCUCGAGAUGCUCCGCCUGAGGGCCGUCUGCAGGAAGUGGCGCCAGAUGCUGACGACGAGUCCCGAGCUCUGCACGCGCGUCGAUCUUGGCCGGAUCAACCGCAAGGUGACCGACUGGUCAGUGGCCAACAUCCUGGCGCCCUUCAUCGGCACCCGCGCGGUCGAGAUGGACAUCAGCAACUGCUUCCACAUUACCGACGAAGGGUUCCAGGCGCUGUGGAAGGCGUGCGGCAAGAACGUCAAGGUCUGGCGGAUGCGGAGCGUCUGGGACGUGUCCGCCUCGCAGAUCCUCGAGAUGAGCGAGUGCGCCAAGGACCUCGAAGAGAUCGACUGGAGCAACUGCCGCAAGGUCGGCGACAACCUGCUGGCUCGCGUGGUCGGCUGGGUCGUCCCCAACCCGGCCCCCGCCCGCGAGAGCAACAAGAACGUUGUCAUUGCACCCUCCAACGCCAAGCCGCGCCGCGGCCAACGCAACCCCCAGCCGGGCCCCCCUUCCCAGCCGUCCGCACCAGCCCCCGGUACGGUCGUCGGCUGCCCGCGGCUCCGCCGGCUGAAUCUCUCCUACUGCAAGUACGUUACGGACCGCUCCAUGGCACACCUCGCCGCCCACGCCUCGUCGCGCCUGCAGUCCCUGAGCCUGACGCGGUGCACCUCGGUGACGGACGCCGGCUUCCAGGCCUGGGCCCCGCACCGCUUCACGCAGCUGACGCACCUCUGCCUCGCCGACUGCACCUACCUCUCGGACCACAGCAUCGUCGCCCUCGUCGGCGCCGCCAAGGGCCUGACCCAUCUCGACCUCAGCUUCUGCUGCGCCCUGUCCGACACCGCAACCGAGGUCGUCGCCCUCGGCCUGCCCAUGCUGCGGGAGCUGCGCAUGGCCUUUUGCGGGAGCGCCAACGUGCUAGAAGGGUGCUCGCGGCUCGAGUGGUUCGACGUGAGCCAGUGCAAGAACCUCGGGGGGUGGCUGGCCGGCGGCGGCGUCGAGAGGUGGGGGUUCGACGAGAGGUUCGUCGGCCAGCCGGGACACGGGUCGGUGGUCCCCGGGAGCGUGCGGGUCAAAGGCGGCGGCCCCCCUGGUGGGGUGGGAGGAGAAACGCGCAGGACGAUGACUGAUGCGAAGCCGCUCGGGCCGGGCCCCAUAUUGCGGCCGGUGAUACCGCCUAAGGGCGCCCCUCCGUCCAGGUCGAGGAAGCCGGUUAGGUUUGUGGUCGAGAAAGGACCCGGCGAACUGAGGUAA